AUGCAACCUACUGAAGCAACUACAUCUACUUCUCCGGAGUUAUCGGCCUAUGCCGACAAUUCAACAGCCAUAACCAAAAGACGACCCAUUCCUCGAAAAGGCCACACCAAAUCUCGAGCAGGCUGCUCUAGUUGCAAAAGGAGAAGAGUGAAAUGUGACCUGGUCGCCCCAGAAUGCGGUGCUUGUUAUCGACUGGGCCUAGAUUGCCAGUACUUGAACAAGCUUGGGCGUCAAACCUCAACGACAACGGUGUCAAAGCCAUUACGGACUGACCCAGUCAUGUUCGAUGUAAACGACCUAAACUUUUUUCGACAUUUUCUAUUCGAGGCAUAUCCUUCUCUCCCCAUCGAUGGCUUCACUGUGUGGCAGCAAGCUUCUCAGCUUUCGCAUCAGUACGAUUUUUUGUUGCACUCAAUGCUUGGGCUUGGUGCAUCUCAUUUAGGAUUAUUGACACCUUCUGGAUACGAGAAAGCCGCAUUGAAACAUCGAGUCAUUGCAAUCAGUGCACUGAACAAAUACCUCACAAAAGCUAGCUUCACCCAACAAGAUGUUGAAGCAGCGUUUGGUGCAAUGCUCAAUUUGACAUUUCAAUCCGCAUACAUGACCGAUGGACUUGUUGACUUUCUCACAAUGGUUCGAGGCUGCUGGCUUGUCGGAACUCAACCUUCUGUCAACUUGGACCACACAAUAUUCAAAACAUUUGGCCGAGUGAGUUAUCUAGACAAGAUAAAAGCCAUUGUUCACGAAGACGACCAAACAAAUCAUUAUCUGGACAAAGUCAUCGCUGAAGGGUUCUGUCAAAGUGUUCAAAAACUGGGACCACUUUGCCACAGCGCUGCUGAGUUUCAGUAUGUAGCACACAUGCAGAGGAUUGCAACUCUUGCAUCUACGAAUCCUGCUGAAAGCUACUGUGAACUUGCCUUUCUCUACGAUGGGCUGGGUCAUCUCAACAGCAACGAUUUCGCGGCGUUCAUCGAUACCGAAAACUAUUCUUCCCAGCUUGUCAUCAUUCACAUGCUUGUUCUAGAGUUUGUCAUGAGUCGCAAAGCAGUUGAAGGCGACAAAAGGUCCUCAACAGGCCAGAAAGGCUACCACUGUAGGAAAGCCACAUCCAAACUUUGGGUGCUAAAAAUUCUCAACAACCUCCCCUUGGAAUAUUACGAGUACGGCGAGUGGCCCCUGAGAUUCAUUAACAGUUUGAAUUACUCUUUUGAUGACGAGGAUCAGGUUUGGAAGCCAUUCUUGCUUAGUAACGGUACAGCAAUAAUGCAAGAGGGGCAUGCGUUGUCUUUGGUUGUGCUAUAA